UCCCCUCAUCUCCAUCUCUCCUCCCUCUCCGCCGCCCUCCCUCCCUCCCCUCCUCCCUGUGUGUCUCUCUGUUCAAGGAGGGGAGACUCCCUCCCGGGCCUCCCGAGUCCCGGACCCCCAAGCCGGUCCCCCCAAGGGGGAGCAACAGCGAUCCCGGGGGCCGUGAGGGUCGGAGAGGUUGGGAGAUAAGGGGGGGAGGGGGGAGAUAAGGGGGGAGAGGGAAGCGCCGGAGAUGGAGAGAGACGGCGGCGUGGUGUGUUGCGGGUGGCUCAUCAAGUCUCCCCCCGAGAGGAAGUUACGCCGGCCAUUUGCGUGGCGGCGCCGCUGGUUCGUACUGCGCCAGGAGGAGCUGCUGUAUUUCCGCAAUGACCGCGCACGCAAGCCGAUCCGUACCAUCCCCCUCUCCGCCUGCCUGCAGGUCGACUCUGGCCUCGCCUUCAGCAAGGAUGGGGCUAAGGGCAGCUUUGUGUUUGACGUACGCACGGAAGCACGCACCUUCUACCUGGUGGCCGAGAGCGAGGAGGAGAUGGUGGCCUGGGUCCGUGCGCUCUGCUCCCUCUGCGGCUUCAAUGAAACUGCACAGGGGAACGAACUGGAGGCCGGAAACCAAACCGGCCAAUCGGACGCCGGACCCCAGGCCCCACCCUCCCAGCCGCCACACCUUGCCGAGGGCACGCCCAUCUCCUUGCAGCCAACGGCGACGCAGCCUGAGGCCACGCCCCCACUCCACCGGUCAAUGGGAGCCGGGGGAGGCAGGGUCAACGGGCAUCGCUUGGGCAACGAGGAGCCCAAUGGCUACCUGUGUCUGUACGACUGUGAGAGCCGGAUCCCUGACAAUCUGCAAAGUGAUGUUUCCGAUCAACUCUACUCCGUGCCGCGCCGCUAUAACCUGCCAGCGACAUCACCACCGAGCCCCACCCAGGACGUGCCGUCAUCACUGCCAUCUCCCACCCAGGAAGUUACAUCACAGCCUGAAGGGACAUCUCCACCCCCAUCGCGGUCUGAUCCUGACCAAGAAGCUAUGUCACCCCCAAAGACAGGGAGCUCACAGGAAGUGACAUCGUCAUCACGGCUCUCCUUUCAGUGCUACGACAUCCCACCUCCUCCUUGCCAGGUGGCGUCAGGCUUCUGCGGAAAGCUUUGGACAAAUUCUGGAUCUCGUGAUUCAAAGGAUGCGGCUGAAGAAGAGGUGGGGUUCGACUGCUACGAUGUGCCGAAGGGCUGGGACAGUCCGAAGCCCGGACCCAAGAACCGCCAGGACCUGAGCCCCCCGGAGAAUUACGUAGCCAUGGAGACCAGCAGUCGGUCCCCAUCACGCUCUGUCACUAUGGAGACCUGUGGGCGAUCUGUCACCCUGGAUACUAGCAGCCGGUCCUCAUCACGCUCUGUCACCAUGGAGACCGGCGGGCAUUAUGUCGAGAUCAGCAGUCGCUCCCACUCGCGCUCCGUCACCACGGAGACGAGUGGACGCUGGUCUCCGCUGCCUGCCGGAUCUGGCUCCGUGUUUGGAUCUACAUCAGCUACUGCUACGAAACCCGGAACGGAGGUUGGACUAGAUGGGGCCGGAGGGGGCCCUGGGGGACGGAGGACAGGGGCCAUGCGAGCGAGCAGCGUGGGGACGCGCGGGGCUGCGCUCGGGGGGGUCGUGCCCCCGCCGGCCCACAUUGGGUUUAGGAGCAACCCCAGCACACUGGAGGGCGGGUCGCCACGCACACCGCGCGCCCUCCAAUCGCCGCGCACGCCACGCGCCCUCCAAUCACCGCGCUCGCCACACUCGCCCCGCACGCCACGAACUCCACAGACACUCCAGGAGGGACCGCCAGUCAACAGGGAACUAAAGCCCAACCGGUCAGGCCGGAGGCCACCCCCCCUCGCACUCCAGUCCGGGAUUGGUGAAAAUGGAGAUCUCCCCCCGCCAGAACCCUCCCCCAUCACCAAGACUUUCACACGCCCUGGCUCGCUCCGUUUGGCUGGGCCGCCGCAGCCACGCCCCCCAUCCAUACAUAGUUCCGCCUCCAGCUCCGACUCUCACGAUGAUGAAGAGGAUGAGAGCUACAUGGCCAUGCAGCCCCCGAAGGAACACAACCUGCAAUAUCUGGAUCUAGACCUGGGAAGAUCGGAUACUGCACCGAGCACGGCGAGUACCCGGGCGCUGGAGGAUCGUGUGCACUACGUGGAGCUCGACGAUCGCAGAACACGCGCUCUGCAGGACACACAGCGGGCUUGGAGCCACAGCCGGGCCCCAGGACCCACAGGGAACCCCGCCCCCUAACGCACACACAGGCUCUCUGAUCCUCAUACACAGAGGUCCCCCUUCACAACUCCCCCCCCUUCUCCCCCAAUAA